ACCUAUGUUUAAUCUCUUUUCUGGACCGAUGCAAUUCAAUGUUAGCAUUGAAGCAAAUCUAUGCUUUAAUCAUCACUUUUGGCCUCUCAGAAGGUGAGUCUUUCAUGUCGAGGGUCCUUUCUUUCUCUGCGGUCUCUGAUUCUGGUGACAUCCAUUACUCAAAUCAGGUCUUUCGUCAGCUUUCCAAUCCAACCAUCUUCAAUUGGAAUACUAUUAUAAGGGGUUACUCAAGAAGCAAGAAUCCAAAUCGGUCUGUCUCCAUUUUUAUUGAAAUGUUGAGGGCAGGAGUUUCACCUGAUCAUCUAACUUUCCCCUUUCUAGCAAAGGCAUCGGCCCGUUUGUCAUCAUUGCAGCAUGGUGUGGCAGUGCAUAAUUGCAUUGCUAAGACUGGGUUUGAGUUUGAUCGGUUUGUUCGGAAUUCUUUGAUUCAUAUGUAUGGUUCCUGUGGGGAAAUAAUUACUGCCCGGCAGUUGUUUGAUGAAAUGCCACAAAAGAACUUGGUCUCAUGGAAUGCCAUGGUUGAUGGAUAUGCAAAGUGUGGUGAUUUGGUUGCUGCCCGGGAAACCUUUGAAUUGAUGUCUGAGCGGGAUGUUGUAUCUUGGAGCUCUUUGAUUGAUGGGUAUGUCAAGAGUGGGGACCAUAGGGAGGCCUUAAGUCUCUUUGAAAGAAUGCAUCUUCUAGGGCCAAAAGCCAAUGACGUUACCAUGGUAAGCGUGUUGUGUGCUUGUGCCCAUUUAGGUGCCCUCGAACAGGGGAGAAGGAUGCACCAUUAUGUGAAUGAUAGUGCAUUGCCUUUGAGUCUUGCUUUGCGGACUUCCCUGGUGGACAUGUAUGCAAAAUGUGGUGCCAUUGAUGAGGCUCUGGCAGUUUUCCAUGGGGUACCAGUGGAGCAAACAGAUGUCUUAAUUUGGAAUGCAAUGAUUGGAGGACUUGCUACACACGGAUUGGUUAUAGAAUCGUUGGAAUUGUUUAAAGUGAUGCAGUCUUGGGGGAUCUCCCCAGACGAGAUCACUUAUCUAUGCUUAUUGAGUGCAUGCGCUCAUGGAGGGUUAGUGGAGGAAGCUUGGCACUUCUUUAAUUCACUUAGUACUCGUGGCAUGACACCUAAGAGUGAACAUUAUGCUUGCAUGGUGGAUGUUCUUGGACGUGCAGGUCGAUUAGAUAAGGCAUUCAAGUUUUUAGAUAAAAUGUCUGUGGAACCAAAUGCUUCCACUUUGGGUGCUUUACUUAGCGGAUGUAGGAUGCAUGGAAGAUUGGAUCUUGCAGAAGAAGUUGGAAGGAAGCUUAUUGAAUUGGAGCCGGAUCACGAUGGUCGAUAUGUUGGUUUGUCAAAUAUCUAUGCAGUUGCUAGGCGGUGGGAUGAUGCUAGAACAUUGAGAGAAGCCAUGGAGAAGAGGGGCGUUAAGAAGUCCCCAGGAUGUAGCUUUGUUGAGGUUGGGAGGACUCUGCAUAAGUUCAUUGCUCAUGAUAAAGCACAUCCUCAAUCAGUAGAAAUAUAUUUGGUGUUGAAUAAUAUUGCUGAACUGAUGAAAUUGGAUGGUGAUAAUCAAACUCAGGAAUAUAAUUACAAAACUGUAGAAGAUGGAUGAGUUGCAUGGUUUCCUAGUUUCUACUUUUGGGGUUUCUGUGCUGAGCUAGAAUUAGAGGAAUGGAAAGAUGUCUUAUUUUCUGCCUGACUUACACUCGGGCUGGGCCAUUGAUCAGUCCAGCCUCAAUGAGACAUGGCCUGCAUGCAGGUACUCUCCCUUGGUUUGCAUUUCUUUUUGUUCUUAUUUCAUUUGAAUUUAUCUGUGAAUGUUCCAUGUUGUGUUCAUUAAUCCAAUUGGAGUAUCUUCAAAUUUCAGUUUGUUAGUUAUCCUA